CACCCAUUCAGUGUCACUUCAGCUUCUCAAAGUCUGAGCAGUCAGGGGUCCACACAGCUGCAGGAUAAUGGCACCGACAAAGAAGGGUAUCUUGGAACGACUUAAUGCUGGAGAGAUUGUCAUUGGUGAUGGAGGGUUUGUGGUAGCACUGGAGAAAAGAGGGUAUGUGAAGGCUGGUCCUUGGACCCCGGAGGCUGCUGCAGAGCACCCAGAAGCUGUGCGUCAGCUGCACAGGGAGUUUCUACGGGCUGGAUCAAACGUCAUGCAGACCUUCACCUUCUAUUGCAGUGAUGAUAAGUUGGAGAAUAGAGGCAACAAGUUGACCUUUACUGGAACUCAGAUCAACGAAGCCGCCUGUGAUCUGGCCCGGGAGGUUGCGGAUGAGGGAGAUGCUCUGGUUGCAGGGGGAGUGUCCCAGACUCCAUCCUACCUGAGCUGCAAGAGUGAUAAGGAGGUGAAAGCCAUCUUCAAGAAACAGCUGGAUGUGUUCACUAAGAAGAAUGUUGACUUCCUCAUCGUAGAGUACUUUGAGCAUGUUGAAGAGGCUGUGUGGGCUGUAGAAGUUCUAAAGGAGGCGGGGAAGCCUGUGGCUGCCAGCCUUUGCAUUGGACCUGAGGGAGACAUGCACGGUGUCUCACCUGGAGACUGUGCCGUCAAGCUUGUCAAAGCCGGUGCCCAGAUUGUGGGAGUCAACUGCCACUUUGACCCCAUGACCUGUGUGAAGACUGUAAAAAUGAUGAAGGAGGGUGUGGAGAAGGCUGGGCUGAAGGCGCACUACAUGGUGCAGCCGCUGGCUCUGCACACUCCUGACUGUGACUGUCGGGGAUUCAUUGAUCUGCCAGAGUUCCCCUACGCUUUAGAGCCCAGGGCUCUGACUCGCUGGGACAUGCACAAGUACGCCAGAGAGGCCUACAAUGCUGGCAUCCGCUUCAUUGGAGGCUGCUGUGGAUUUGAACCUUAUCACAUCAGGGCUGUAGCAGAGGAGCUGGCCCAAGAGAGGGGCUUCCUCCCUGCUGCAUCAGAGAAACAUGGAUUGUGGGGUAGUGCUCUGGAGAUGCACACCAAACCCUGGGUCAGAGCCAGAGCCCGCCGUGAUUACUGGGAGAACCUGAAGCCAGCCACUGGCCGUCCCCAUUCUGCAUCCAUGUCAACCCCAGAUGGUUGGGGUUAUACCAGGGGCCAUGCUGAACUCAUGCAGCAGAAAGAGGCCACCUCUAAGGACCAACUCAAACAGUUGUUUGAAAUGUCAAAGAAAAAAUGAGUGUGUCCCACCUGCAAGCUGAAGACAGUCAAGCAGAUGCUGAAGCCUGUUGGACUUUUCUAUAUAAUUCAAGUAGCACUUUCUAACUUGAGACUGCACUGCUCUGUUGAUCUGUUUCUAGGAAGACUGAUUUGGAUAUUCUUUUGUGUUGAAAAAGGGACCUAUUUGUUUUUCAUUAUCCUGCAACUGUUGAAUAAAAUAGCUAAGAAAACACUAAUUGGUU